AUGACCGAGAUCAGCGCAAUCCCUGCUAAGCUCAAUGUCGCGAUAGUAGGCGGCGGAAUCGCCGGGCUAGCUGCAGCUGCCUUCCUGAGAAGACAUCGACAGUACAAUGUGAAGGUUUACGAACUUCGUGGUGCAGAUUGGGAGGAAUCAUCCGCGGCACUAGGCCUCCAAACUAAUGGAACGUCCAUAGUGGAACAACUUGGAAUCACCAGGGAGGAGAUUCGCGGCGUAACAGGUGCCGGAUAUCGAACGUAUAAUCUUCGAGAAGAACAUAUGAGUAAAGGUCUAGUAACUGUUCACCCAGAUGGGGAGACCGGAUUCUGGUUUGUGCAUCGACAAGAUUUAAAGGAUGCGCUCUUGCAUCGAGUAACGAGUGAAAAUGGGGACGGCAAGCCUGUUGAAGUGAUAUAUGAUAGUCGUAUCGUGGACAUUGAUCCAGAAGCUGGGGUUUUGAAGUUUGCCGAUCGACCACCUGUAGAGGUUGACCUGAUUAUUGGCGCGGAUGGUAUUCACUCAAAAGUGCGCGAGUUCGCUAUCCCACCAUCGCAUCCAGAGCCAGCUCUGUGUGGGCUUUGUGUAUACCGAUUCGUCGUUCCAAUGGAUACCCUCAGAGAUGCUGAUGGCAAAAUGCCGAACACUCUCACUCUUGACGAUGGAAGCUGUGUGGUGAUCAUUGCUGCAGGUGAUGAAGGAAACCGAAGCAUGGUCAUUUAUCCUUGUCGCGAAUUGGAGUUGAUGAACUUCGUCUGCGGCGUUCCAGACACAAGUUCUAGAGUCCUAGCUCAGAUAAAGUCACCUGGCAGCCAUCAGAGCUUGGUAAAUGAUAUGCUGGAGGAAUUCCACGAUUUCCCUGGCUGGAUCCUGCAAAUAAUUAGGCGCACCACCUUAAUCGAGCCUUUCCCAGUGGUCGAUCAAGAGCCUUUACCAACCUAUGUUAAAGGUCGAACCAUGUUGAUCGGAGAUGCAGCGCACGCCAUGUCCCCAUAUCAAGCCCAGGCAACGAACCAGGCCCUCGAAGACGUAGAGGGGUUAAAUGUGCUUCUUGCAGAUGCCUCCAGUCGAGACAGUAUCCCCCGGGUUCUGGAGUUAUGGGAUAGUAUUCGUCGUCCGCACGCAUCGGCAGUGCAGAGUGAUUCGCGAGACUCACAGGCAAAACUUUCGACAACCCAAUCUAGCGCUGCUUUCCUACAAUUCAAGCCAUAUGUUAGUAUGAAAGAAGCACUUGCACAGAGUUAA